CAUGGGUGCCCUGCAAAUGAUUGAUGGACCUUUUUCUUUACCAACUACCGGUACCGGUACCGUCCUCCAGUGCUGUACCGUACCGUACCUUUACUCCACAAUGCACCCACCACCACGAGUGGCCAUCACCUUUUCCCCUUCUCAGAAAUUUCCUUCCCAUGAGGGAGUACCUUUUUAUCGAAAUGCGCACCCAAAUAUGCGCUAGAAGGGAGAAAAGCAGACAUUAUCAACGUAUAAUAGCGCUUCCCGUUCCGUGCCAGCCCAUUUCCAUAAAUAGCCUACGCAUCUCUGCACUGGGGGGAGGUUCCUGGCGUCCCCUUGUUUUCUUUAUCGUUUCCCGGUUAUCCAGGGUUCGUUUGGGGAUCAAUGCGGAUGACACCCUUAUAAAGAUUCGCGUACCCCUCCCUCUCCCUCCCCCUCUCCACAUCGUGCAUGGUGUGCCCGAACUUACCCUACUGCCUGGACUGCCAUUCGAGUACGCAACCCACCGAAACGCAAGCAUUCCCUUCAAGUCUCCGGGAAAGGUCCUCAGAUCCUGACAGUCGUUUCCUCGAUCCAACCAAACAAUUCCGCCCCGUCAUUCUCUCCUUAUAGAAGUACCCUGCUCGAGUAUCUCGCGGAACCGCUGGCUAGAGAUCCGAAUCCCAAGGUAUUAUAAGGAGUAUACGUACUCGGGCCAUUGAGAAGCAUGUCAAUGCCUGUGCGCGAGGUGCCUCAGGCAACCUAUCCCAUAAUUGACGCUACGGCUGGUACUCCGGGGCGUCCCCCCCCUCCGCAUGCAGAUGGUUCGUCCGAGGACGGAGCGUUUCUCUCUGAAAAAUCGCCAGAGCCACGGAAGACGGCAUCGAGCCCAUCGGAUGGAGAGGAAAUCUGUCCACAGCCGGCUAGGAGAGAGGAUAAUUACAGAUUGGAAGAUGACCUUGAGCUCUUACGGGCUGAGAGGGUCGCGAGUUGUGCCUCAGGGAACACUGGUGGCCUGUCGAGAUCGAAAAGUGGUGCACGCAGGUCACGGCCUAGGACAGCAGACCCUGUGGACGACUUUGACAUUAGUAUAAACCCAGUCCACGGUAAUGGCAAGGGGGUCUGGCGACCGCCUAAGAGACCGGCUACGAAGUUUGGAAGGUUUUUGAAAGCGGUUAGAGAUCCUAUCGUGGGGGUGGUCUCAUGAGCUAUCGCUGAUAUGGGGUUAAGAUCCAUGGAUCCUCCAUUCUAGUACGAUAUUUUACGUAUAUUAUCCCCUUGGUGCUGAUCCUGUUAGUGCCUCUGCUCCUGGGGGCACUGGUGUUCAUGGAAGCCACUGUUGGGGAUGUCUAUCUGAUGUGGUUCAUGGUGUGGUUGGAGGUAGUCUGGUUAUCCUUGUGGGCGGGACGGGUGAGUAGCAUUGACGGUUGGGAAACCUGGUAAUGGGGUUUAAAGCUUAUUCUGCCUCCCAGAUUUUGGCUAAAUGUGUCCCUUAUGUCAUGAGUGUCGUCUCAGGUGCAUUCACAAACAACAGCAAGAAGUGGAAAGACAUGGGAUGCAUGUUGGAGGUCCCUGCCACACUCUUCUUUUGGUGGCUAGCCGUGUACGUUUCUUUCUUGCCUACCAUGACAAAUCAUCACAACGACGGCGAUAAGAGCACCCGGUACUGGGAGAGUAGAGCUAACAUCGUCCUCUUGUCACUCUUCAUUGCGAUGAUUUUGAAUCUGUUUGAGAAAAUCAUCAUCCAGCUCAUUGCCAUCUCUUUCCACGAGAGAACCUAUGAAGACCGGAUCGACCUGAACAAGUUUCAAAUUUCUAGUCUUGCGAAGCUCUAUGCGCACUCAAAGGAAGUAGCCAAGGAGCGUGACUUGGACGAGAAGCAGGAAUCAGGAUUGACCUCAGGUGCUAAAACCCCACUGGUCGUGUUGCAGCAGGCAAAGGCUGGUGCCCAGUCCGCCUUCACCAAAGUUGGCGACGUGAUGGGAAAGGUUGCGGGUGAUUUUACUGGGAAGCAGGUUUCCUCGAGCACUUCACCCCAACACGUAGUACUUACGCUACUGUAUACCACGGAAGGAAGCCAAGCGGUUCGCUCCCAAAUACAAACUGUUUGGCCAGGAUCAAGCUGCUAACAUGCCCCGCUGUGCAGUUGGCUCGCCGGCUAUUCCGAACAUUCGUACGCGAAGGGACGGAAGUUGUGCACGCUGAAAACCUCAAGCAGGUGUUUUCCAGCGAAGAGGAGGCCGAGGCAGCAUUCCAAAUGUUCGACCGAGAUCUUAAUGGAGAUAUCUCGUGCGAAGAAAUGGAGAUUGCGUGUGUGGAGAUUGGACGGGAACGGAAAGCAAUCACAGCAAGCUUGAAGGAUCUGGAUAGUGUCGUCAGCAAGCUUGAUGAUGUCUUCACGCUCCUCGUGACAGUCGCCGUCAUUCUUGUCUUCUUAUCUCUGAUAUCGAAGUCCACUGCCGGUAAUACGAUGGCUCUCCGAUAGCUUUAGAAGCAGAACUGAUGAAUUUUUCCCAGGUGUUCUGACUUCUGCGUCAAGUUCCGUGCUUGCCCUCUCAUGGCUGUUCUCUGCUACCGCACAAGAAUUUCUAGCGUCGAUCGUCUUCGUUUUCGUGAAGCAUCCAUUUGAUGUUGGUGACCGAGUAGACGUCUAUAACACUGGUGCCGGAACCGUGGAUACUUUCUUCGUUAAAGAGAUCGCCCUGAUGUAUACCGAAUUCAAGAAAUUGGAAGGGCAUGUGGUGCAAGCACCAAACUCCUUGUUGAACACGCUUUUCAUCCUCAACAUGAGGCGCUCCGGUGCCCUAGCGGAGGUAAUAUGUGCUCUGGUUGGGGGCUUUGGACGGAUCCACUGAUGGUGAUGCGCAGGCCGUUCCAAUUGUUUGUAAAUUUGGCACCUCUCUCGAGCAGAUCGAGGAACUCCGGGAGAGAUUAUUGACCUUUGUCCAGUCUGAGAAUCGGGAGUACCAGGGAAAGAUUAUCACUGAAUUGAGGUGCAUUUCCAACCCAAUGAUCAUGGCAUCAGGCUAACCCGGAGUAGGGAUAUCCCGGAUAUGCACUCUGUCAAACUUAACGUUGUUUUCUUCUACAAAUGUAUGUCCUCUCUGAACCGGGCCAUCCACACCCAUGGGUUAUCACUCGCUUACUUCUCUCUCCAGCAAACUGGCAAAACGAGCUCGUCCGACUCCAACGCCGUAAUAAAUUUAUGUGCGCUUUAAUGGUCAGCAUCGCGGACGUUGGUAUCGAAUCGCCAAACAUGCGCUGGCCCGGUCAAAGGAAAACCUCCCCGGUCUUCUUACAAUCGGUAAACGCAGACCAAAUCCAACAAUCCGUCCUGGAUCGAGAAGGGGGCGCGAGCGAGCAGGGAGGUGAUUACAGGACAUUUGCCCCGCCAGCUGAACCCCACGGAAUCCUAAGAUCCGAGUCUCGAGGCAGCCUGGGCAGGAGCGGCUCUCGGAGCUCCGCCAAAAAGGUGGAUUUCAGUCUCGGGGUGAAGGAUCUGGCCUCGAGUGACGACUCGGGAGAUGUAUUCUAUGAUGGUCGCCGGAAUGUUCCCUCUAUCCAGCUGGUGCGGGUUUUGGAGGAGGAGGAGGAGGAGGGGCAGGGGCAGGAGAGGCGGGAUGAACUUGCCAGGACUACUUCUAGGGACAGCAGCAUUGAUAGGAGCCCUGGGAUUGGCGGAGGCGUGAAUAGGCGCAGAUCUGGCAGUGGCAGCGUGGUCUCCCGCAGGAAUAGGUUUUUUGGAGGGAGGAGUCGGAACAGUAUCGACUUGGAGGGCGGGGAGGGGCCCUCAUCGCCGGUGAGACUGGCCCCUAGGGAUGGGUCUGCUAGGGAUAGUACCGAGAUGGGACGACUGUGA